AUGCUCGCCCACGGUGUGAUCCGGUCGUCAACUUCAGCAUGGGCCGCCCCUAUAGUACUUGUCAAAAAGAAGGACGAUUCUACAAGGUUCUGCGUCGAUUACCGCGAGCUCAACAACAUCACUGUCAAAGACGUGUUUCCGCUGUCCCGAAUUGACGACAUGUUAGCCGCACCACAUGGCACAAGGUAUUUCUCGAGCUUGGACGUUGCGUCGGGCUACUGGCAAGUCGGGGUGGACGCAGCCUCAGUGGAAAAGACAGCCUUCAUCUGUACGGAGGGGCUGUUCGAAUUCAAGGUAAUGCCUUUUGGGCUCUGUAAUGCGCCGGCCACUUUCCAACGAAUGAUGCAGAAGGUGCUGGGAGGCCUAAUCUGGAACGCCUGCCUAGCAAAUCAUUCGAGGAACACAACGACCACCUCACACAAGUCUUGGAGCGCCUCAGAGAGCAUGGACUUCUCCUGA